AUGCCGUUGGGGUCGUUGCACACCACUCUUCCCGACUCGCGCAGUCAGGUGGACCUUAACUCACAUGUUGAUCAACUCACACAGAGGGUUGAUGAUCAAAACAACUUGAUUAGCAUGCUACUCAAGCAGAUCAACUUGAAUCAAGGCCCUAACCUUGGACCUUGUGACGAGGAGAAGAGGAUGCACAAGCAUGUCAACGAGCAGUUCGAGAGGUCCCAGAAUAAGGGCUUGAUUGGGCUUGAUCUACCACAUAAUAAUGCCCUAGUCAUCUGCAUCCAAAUUGAACAAGCUGUGAUCGAGCGAGUUCACGUGAACGAGAGCAGCGCAGCCAACAUCCUGCAACUAUCUGUUAUCCAACAUAUGGGAUUGGAGCCUAAGAUCAGUAAACUUGCUAGAUCGCUCACCGACUUCAAUGGGGCCAUGUCGAUCACUGUUGGAACGAUUGACCUUGACAUCUACUUACCCGUAGUGGUCUGCUUGCAAACCUUCAUGGUCAUCGACAAGGUCUCCCCCUACAAUGGAAUCUUGGGCCAACCGUGGAUCAAUAAGAUCGAAGCCAUCACAUCUGCUCUACACCAGAAGAUCCGCUACCCCAUCCCUGGGGGCGGGAUCGGGCAUAUCAACAGUGACCAAGCCAAGGCAAUGAGAUGCACAGCCCAAGGGCUCAAGAAGAGUAAGCACUUGCAGUUCACACCAGUCAUGCAAGCUGCCAAUGAGCUCCAUGUUGACCCCACCAACAAGCCUAUGGUGCAGAAGAGACGCAACUUCGCUCCUGAGCGGGUCGCGAUCAUUGAAGCCGAGAUCGACAAGCUUCUAGCUGUCGGUUUCAUUGAAGAGGUCUCCCACUCAGAAUGGCUGGCCAACGUUGUCCUGGUGACGAAACAAGAAAUGGGCAAAUGGAAAGUUUGCAUCAAUUACACCGACCUCAACAAAGCAUGCCCUAAAGACAAUUUUCCAUUGCCGAGAAUCGACCAGCUCGUGGAUUCAACUUCCUGCAAUCAGCUGCUCAGCUUCAUGGAUGCCUACUCCGGUUAUAAUCAAAUCCUAAUGCACGACGAUAACAAGGCGAAAACCUCUUUCAUCAUCGAGAGAGGGACUUAA